AUGAACUGGAUGAACGUGGAGGAGACGCUCCGCAGGGCCGAGACGCCUCUCUUCUGGGUCGGUGCGUUCACCGUGGCCUCCCUGGCGCUGUGGCUGCUCUACAGGCUGCUCUCAGGCUUUAGGAUCUGGGUCUUGGGGAACGGGCAGCUGCUCACCCCGAAGCUGGGCAAAUGGGCAGUUGUGACGGGAGCCACAGAUGGAAUCGGGAAAUCCUAUGCGGAGGAGCUGGCUCGCCGAGGAUUUGCCAUGAUGUUGAUCAGUCGCUCCCAGGACAAGCUGGAUGACGUGGCCAGGUCACUUGAGGACCAGUUUAAAGUGGAGACCAGGACCAUUGCGGUUGACUACGGCAGGUCAGACAUCUACCCCAAGAUCGCGGUGGGGCUGGCUGGUUUGGAGAUAGGUGUUCUUGUUAACAAUGUUGGUGUGUCCUACCCCUAUCCUGAGUACUUCCUCCACAUUCCUGAUCUGGACAACUUCAUCACAAAUAUGAUCAACGUCAACAUAACCUCAGUGUGCCAGAUGACCCGCCUGGUGCUGCCCAGAAUGUCUGAGAGGUCCAAAGGCGUCAUCCUCAACAUCUCCUCUGCCAGUGGCAUGUACCCUGUCCCUCUGCUUACAGUCUAUUCUUCCUCAAAGGCCUUUGUGGAUUUCUUCUCUCGUGGCCUGCAGGAGGAGUACAAGCGUAAGGGGAUCAUCAUUCAGAGCGUGCUGCCCUUCUUUGUGGCCACUAAGAUGACUCGGAUCAGGAAGCCCACCCUGGACAAGCCCACCCCUGAGCGCUAUGUGGCUGCUGAACUCAAGACUGUGGGUCUGCAGACCCAGACCAAUGGAUAUUUCCCACAUGCCGUCAUGGGUUGGCUGACCACCAAGCUGGUGCCAAGCUACCUCGUCAACUUCUUCGGAGCCAGAAUGAACCGUCUGCAGCGUACCGGAUACCUGCGCAGGAGGAAGCUGCGAGAGCAGAAGAAUGGAAAUAGUUUGAAGACAGAAUAAAAGUACUGCUGAUGAAUCUUCAGGCAGCCUUUCUGUUCUGACCCGGUGCAGCAUUUGAGGAAAAGGGAGUGUUUGUUUGUAUCUGUGCAGUUGUUCCUCCAGGGUUGUCUGUGAUUUCACUGUUGUGCCUUCAGUAAAAGUGUGCAUCAAAGCAUGUGUGACCGGUUGAAAAUAGCAACUGUGCCCUGAUGUGAUUUUGUCUGGAGAGAAAUAGUCAAAGAAGGCAUGAGCUGAAAAAGUAAUGAAAUGUUGCUCUUGGCAAAGAACAUUAAUACUUUUUGUCACAGACACUGAUGGUGGAAAUAUUAUAUAGCCAAAAAAAAAAGGUAAUUUGUUAACCCUGCUGUUGUAAGCAGCGGAUAACGGUGGUGGGCAUCUUUUUUUAUAAAUAUAUAUUUGUAUAAUUAUUUAUUUUAUAUUCCAAAGAACACAUGAGCCAAACUCGGACUUUUGCCAAACUUCAAGUCGUUUUUUCAAUAACUUUCGCCAUUUUAACAAUGGCAGUCUCUGCUUCCUGUCAUGUCAAUUUAGUUGCGUUAGUGAACAGUUAUCAUCAUGCGUUGGCUCCUUCUUUUUUCCCAUAUAAUAUUUCGUGUUUACUGUACAUUUAAAAUGAUACUUUGUGGUGGGUUGUUGUUGCACCAGUGUAUCAGUGGUUUUGUAAACCAACGUUUUUGUUUUUUGUAGUUUUCAUCCACUGUCGCAUUAAACACAAGUGCCUUUCUAUUGACAUGAAUGCUGAAAAUAGUCAGACUCACUGAGCAGGUAUUGGGUGGUUAAAAUGUAUUGAGAUGGGAUGUAAAUCAACCAGUGCAAUGUCCAUGUGAACAACACAGUUGCUUUGUCUGUUAGCAAAAAUGUAAACUUUUCAUCGGCAAAGAAAACCUCUUGCCCUUCUCAAAUCCAGUGUGUGUGUUUUUGUUUUUUUUGUUUUUUUUUUUUUUUUUUUAAAAAAGGGUUUCACAGGAAUGGAGAUUUUUUUUUUUUUCUUUUUCUUCUUCUUUACAUGAUUAGCGGUGCUUUCACAUUUACCGACAGACUGUUUCAUUGUACCAAAUGUUUGCUGCAAAACAAGAGAACUUUUCCUCUUUACGCAGUUUGUGCACAAUCGAAUUACCCCCAUGCCACUUGGUCUGACCUGUGCCUCAGCUAAACUGCCUUGUGAAUGCUUUUUCUCUGUAAUGUCUUUUAAUAUGCUUGGAAAUUAAAAAUGGAAAUUCUACAUGUAAAUGCACUGUUUACAUUUAUUUUGCUGUAAACUUGUUUUAUACAGUUUCUUAAAAGCUCUGCUAUACAGUAAA